AUGAAAAAGCUUGAUGCUCACAAAUAUAUUAAGUUAGUUAAUUUUUUAAAUAAAAAAAAAGAAUAUGUCCCCUUUAAUUUUAAUCAUGUGAAAAAUAAAGGACAAGAUAAAAAUAUUCAUAAUUGUCAAACCUCAAUAAAAAGAGAGGCACUAAAUAGUAUAGGACAAAAUAGUCAUAUAAAUGCUACUACUACUACUAAUAAUAAUAAUAAUAAUAAUGAUAAAUUUAAUGAGAGUUUAAAAACGUUUACCAACAAAACAGAAUGUGUGACUACAACGGAUUGUAAUAAUAAUAAUUCUUUUCUUUCAAACAAGCCAAAAGGAAGAAAACAUAUAUUUUCACUACCAAAUAAAAAAUAUAACAAGAAUGAUUUAGUAAUAAAAAUAAAUUAUAAAACUAAUGAAGAGAUGGCAAAUAUGCAGCCAAUACGAUCUGACAAAUUAAGUAAUUCCAAUUUAAGAGAAACUGAAUUUAAAUUGAAAAAGGCUACCAUGUUUAUGAAUCCCAAUCCUCAUGAGGGUUUAGAAAAUUCUAAUAAUACUUUACAAAAUAGAUCGGAAAGACAUAGUUAUGACAAAUACAGGUCAGUGCAAAUGAAUAAUAGCAUUGAUGUGUUUAGUAAUUUGGAAAAUGAAAAAAAAGCGGAAAAUUGUGAUUAUGCUGCAAGUAAUAAUGUAAGCAGAAACAACUCGGAGGAUGUCCCUGAAACAGAAAAGAUAAUAAAUUUGACAAACAAAAGAAUUAAUGAAAUAAAUUAUGAUGAAUAUGAAAACUGUGCUAAAGUUAAAAUUACAAAAGAAAAUAUUAUAAAUAUAAACGGAAUAACAGAAGGGAAAAAAAAAAAAUAUUUUGGGUCUGAAGAAGGAAAUAAUAAUGACGGAGAAAUAGAAAAUGAUGGAAAUAAAGAUAAUAUGAAUAAUGAAGAAAGUAAAAAUAGCAUGAAUAGUAAUGAAAAUAAUAAUAAAACAAAUGAUAAGACAAGAAAAAAAAGUAAUAAUAAAUGUUUAUAUCCCCAUGAAAUAGUAGAAUAUUUAAAUAAAUAUAUAAUAGGUCAAUCUGAAGCAAAAAAAGUUGUAGCAAAUGCAUUAAGACAAAGAUGGAGGAGAACACAACUUGAUGAUGAUAUGAAAAAAGAUGUAAUUCCAAAAAAUAUAUUAAUGAUUGGACCAACAGGUGUAGGUAAAACUGAAAUAGCUAGACGAAUAUCUAUGUUUAUAGAUGCACCAUUUAUUAAAGUAGAAGCAACAAAGUUUACAGAAGUUGGAUUUCAUGGAAAAGAUGUAGAUCAAAUAAUUAAAGAUCUAGUUGAAAUUGCAGUAAAAAGACAAAAAAAUAAAAUGGAAACUGAAAUAAAAGAACAAGCAGAAGAAGCUGUAAACAAUAUAAUAUUAUAUUCCCUUUUAGGUAGUGGAGUAAAAGAAGAAGAAAAAAAAAUAUGGAAAAAAUAUUUAAAAGAAGGAUUAUUAGAUGAUAAAAUAAUUAAUAUAGAUAUACCAAAUUAUAUAAAUAAUAAUAAUAAUAUGUUUACUAAUGACUCAGUUGAAAAUGCUGUAAAAGAAGCAUUAAGUAAUCAUCAAAAUAUUAAAAGUGUAAAAAUAAUACAUCAAAACAUGAACAAACAAAAUGAUAAAAAAACAAUGACUAUUAAAGAAGCUAAACAAAAAUUAUUACAAAUAGAAAUUGAUUCAUCUAUUAAUCAAGAUGCUAUUCUUAAAACAGCUAUAAGUUCUGUUGAAGAAGAAGGUAUAGUAUUUAUCGAUGAAAUUGAUAAGAUAUGCUCAAAAUCUUCUUCUUCUUAUAAUGGACCAGAUGCAAGUGCUGAAGGAGUUCAACGAGAUUUACUACCAUUGAUUGAAGGAUGUGUUAUAAAUACAAAAUAUGGAAAUAUAAAUACAAAUUAUAUUUUAUUUAUUGCAUCUGGAGCUUUUCAAAGAGUUAAACCAAAUGAUAUGCUAAAUGAAUUACAAGGAAGAUUACCUGUACAUGUAAAUUUAUCAAGUUUAUCUAUAAAAGAUUUUAUUGAAAUUUUGACAAAAACACAUAAUAAUUUAUUAAAACAAAAUAUAGCUUUACUAAAAACGGAAGGUAUUGAUCUCCAAUUUACAGAUGAUGCAAUUGAAUCUAUUGCAAAUGCUGCACAUGAUAUGAAUACCUACAUUGAAAAUAUUGGUGUUCGUCGAUUACAUACAAUUAUUGAAAAAAUUAUGGAAGAAAUUAAUUAUGAUGUUCAUAAAAAUGCUAACAAGUCCAUUAUCAUUGAUAAAGAGGUCGUUAAGAAAUCUCUCGAAGGAUUCAUCAAGCAGUUUGACUUGAAGAAAUACAUCAUUUAG